AUGUUACAACUAAACAGCGCCGCAGAGUCACCUGCCAGAAACCUGCCUUCACGCUCGCAUUUGAAUUACAUCGAACAGUCAAUUGACGCAUUACGCAAUCUGUGGCAAGAAUGGUUUGGUGACAGCAAAGUAUCUGCACAGACGCACGAGAAUUACAAAAACGAAGCAGAUGUAUAUAUACCUUCGUUCGGUGUUGCAGCACACGACACAGCCACAGAAAACGAAGAUACUGGCGUCGUUGCCCAAUUAGCUGAGCUAAAACGAAUGUUUGCCAAGGAAGACAUCAUCUAUGUAGCCGUUGAAGUUGAGAUUGCAGAAAGCAGAUACGGCGGGGUUACAGAUAUUGGUCUUGCUAUAUGGUCUCCUGAAUAUGGCGGCAAUGACAUAUGUUACCAUUGGCAUAUUGACGAGACAGGCGGUGUGCACCAGAGCCAUGACUAUAAUCACCCAGACUCAUUCGCAUUUGGGCGGACUGAGUUCAUUGAUUCCUCAAAAAUUCCAAUUGUUCUUGACGACUGGCUGCUAUCUCUUUCCAAAAGACAUAAGCGAGUAUGCAUUAUUCAGUAUGGCAGAAGUUCUUUGCGUCAUCUAGAGCCAGAAUGGUUCAUCCCGUCAGAUGUGCUCAAACUUAACGUUCAGGAAAUAUGGCAACAACAACGAGGAACAAGUCACGACUGGCCACUGCAAGAGGCUUUGAUGGAUGCAGGAGAGGGGAUCGAGGUAUCCUUUCUUCUCACAAACCUCGGCAACAAGGCGCAUUUUAUAAUGCGCCUGAUGCUCAAACUUUUGCACCGAAUCAAAGAAGAAGCGAAUGACAUUUCAUAUCUUGAGGCGCUGGAUAUUACGAAAACAUACCAAUAA